AUGUCACACCGGAAACCCAUUUACGAGGAUGAAUCCCCCGCGGUUCUGGCGGAAAAGCCACAAUCCGGUCCCCAAUCCCAACCUCAAUCCCAGUUCCAAGAAAAAGAACCACAGCAACCCUUCCUCUCCACGAAAACACUUCGAAGGUCCUUUGCUACCUCAACAGGAGACCUACUAGCCCCACAAGUCCGCCAGGCCCGCCUCUUCCUGUACUCACACGCUCUCGUCGCCGAAAACAAAUUCAACAACGCCCUCUCACGCGCCCUCAAUACCGAAACCCGCAUCGCCAACGCGAUAGCAUCACUGGCCCCUUCGCGUGAAUCUGGGGAGCGCCUGCUGCCCGGUAGCAUCUACGUGCUUGUAGCUUCCAUGGCCGGAUCAAUUGUGUCUCGGAACCGCGGCAUUUUCCUACGGACGACGACGCCGCUUGCUGUGGGCAUUGUGGCGGCCUGGACACUUCUGCCCGUCACGAUGCAGAAUGUGUCGAAUCUCGUGUUUGAGUAUGAGAAAAAGAUUCCCGGGGUUGCGGAGAAGCAUGUUCAGCUUCGCAAUGCUGCGGAGGAUUCGUGGAGGAGGGCUGUUGCGCACAGUGGCUAUGGCCGGGUUUGGAUGGAGCGCAAGAUCGGACAAGGGAGAGGAAGGCUGGAGGAGUGGGUGAGGAAGGGGAACUAA